AGUAUUACAUAAUCAUUUUAAAUUCGGUCACGUGUCUUUCCCGCUCUUCUUCGCGCCGGAAGUUGUUGCGGCGCUGUUCCCCCCUGGCGUCUGUCACUUCCGUAUGAUCGUAUUAAGCAACACGCCGUGGGUCGACACACAAACGUAUACACACUAAGUCCAAACUGCUCAUAAAACCCGGUAUUUUCACAGUGAAAUGCAUAUCAAAACAGGUACUUGGGAGUCAAGCAAUGCAGUGUGUGAGUCUGACACCUUGUGUGAUCCGGCUGUCCUAGUGUCACCUAAACCAGAACCACACAUCCGAAACCGGCGCCUUUCCCCUGGCUCUGGCAGCUGCGGUGGGGGAGGAGGAGGCUGUUCCUCUAGGAUGGAUAAACUGUCUCGCCAGGCCUCGCCGAGCAGUCCGGAAGGUUCUCUCAACGGGAUGGGUCACACCCAGACAUUUGCUUCCACCCGGGACAGAGAGCGGCGUGCCCCGAAUAAAGGAAGAAGCUUUCGGAGAGAUGGUGCGAGACAGGGGCCUCGUUCUGAAGAGAGACUCUUCAAAACUGGUCAGAACCAGGUGCAAAAGGAAAGAUGGGUUGAAAACAGCUUGUCUUUGCUCAAACCCCCACCUGCUUUUCCGGUGAAAGACAGCCCCGCCAAGCUGCAGCCGGCUGUUAGCUACGCCUCUAAAGUGAAGGCAGGGGGUGGCUCUCUCGGGGCAGCAGAGGAACCCCUGGGUAUCUGUGUUUUACUGCAGAACCAGUGGGGACUUAGCUUUAUCAGCGAUGGUCCGGCGGCAGAUGAGCCAAAGGCCGACCUACCCGAGAGUUCAGUUGUGCACCCGGUUGCUGGAGAGGUUAUUGUAAAACCUGCCCAGUCUUCAGAUACUCUACCCAGUCAGGUCCCAAGGGGUUCUGAGAGUUCAGAGGAGCUUCUGCUUAGCUGUCGCCAUCUGGAGGAAGCAUUGGAGUAUCACACGCAAGAAUGGAACGCAAUAUUACGGAGACAAAAAAAAGACCCUGUAAAAGUUGUUUGGUACAAGGAGACCCUGGAAUCACCAGCCUAGCACACACUAUAACACAUUUUACGAAAACACACUCGUACCCAGACACACAUAACACACACACUGCACUCAGGUUAUCAUCCCCACAACAUUAAUACCGAGACACUUUGGAGUUUUCCUGCUUUGAAGAUGGAUGUCUUGGACUUCUCGGUUGCCUUACAACAGUCUGCCUCAGGCGCAGGGUCCCUCUGCACACCUCUGUCAUUUUAUUGGUGGAGAAUUCUCUUUUAAGAAAAAUUGUUACCAAGCUGCAAUUUUAUUUCAAUGAACUGCAGUUUUACAGUAAAAGUCCUCUUUUAUUUCUCCCUGUUCCUACUUGUAUGCGAGGGGUUAAAUCAAGCACUUUUUGACUUCUCUUAAAGACUGAACUCAUUUUUAGAACCAAAUCCAGAAUGUUUUCACAUCAGUCUUCCCUUUCUUAAUCUCCUCUUCCCACAUAAAUUGUUGUUCUCAUGAAGUUUACAGAGGUGCGGCUGGCACGUGAUGGUAGCACCUUCAAAUGUCUAUUGGUCUUAAUGCUGUUUUUAAUAUAUAUAUAUUUCACCCAGAUUGAAUGUCUGUCAUAAGUCCUGAUAGGAAUCCGUUGCUGUGUAUGACUUAACUUUUUUUUAGAAACAUACAAAUAAUUUACACUGGAAGAUGUUCAGAGAUUUAAUCGAACAGUGUUGCAUAGUUAAGAUGAAUAAACUUUAUAAAACAA